GAACCGCACGUUAAGAAAGGUUUCUUUAAGAAGAUCAAGGAUAAACUUUUGGGCCACCACGACGACCCGUGAAAGCUUCCUUACGGAUGGCGACGAUGAAAACGGGCGUAUGUCUCGCUGUUUUCCGUCAUUUCCCUCUCAUUGCAAAUGAUAGCUCAGUCGCACUUGUUCUUCAAGUCCUUCGAUCUGUUUCCGCCACCGUCUCCGGUGUUGCGGUCUCCGAUUCGCUCUCUUCAUCUCUUCUCUUCUUCUUCUUCGAAAAGCAGUCGAUUAUCCUUUCUCUCGUCUUCUGUAAGCGCUGUUCCGGUCUCCCGUGGCCAGAUCUCCUUGACAAUGGCCUCGAACUCGAAACGGCCUUUGGAACUAAGCGCCACCGAUCUGGAUCGAUUCGCCUCUGUCGGAAAUGCUCUGGCUGAUGCUUCCGGCGAGGUUAUUAGAAAGUAUUUCCGGAAGAAAUUUGACAUUGUCGAUAAAGAUGAUUUGAGUCCUGUUACAAUCGCUGAUCAAAUGGCUGAAGAGGCAAUGGUUUCGAUUAUAUUCCACAACUUCCCUUCUCAUGCUAUAUAUGGUGAGGAGAAGGGUUGGAGAUGCAAAGAGGAAUCUGCCGACUAUGUUUGGGUUCUGGACCCAAUCGACGGAACAAAGAGCUUUAUCACAGGGAAACCCGUGUUUGGUACGUUGAUAGCUCUGCUAUAUAAAGGUCAACCGAUUCUGGGUCUGAUUGAUCAGCCUAUUCUAAAAGAGAGAUGGAUAGGAAUGAGUGGAAGAAGAACUAAAUUAAAUGGGGAGGAUAUCUCAACGCGAUCUUGCCCAAAAUUAUCACAAGCGUAUUUAUACACCACUAGCCCGCAUCUUUUCAGUGGAGAGGCAGAAAAGGCAUAUGCUCGAAUUAGAGACAAGGUAAAGAUGCCAUUAUACGGCUGUGAUUGUUAUGCUUACGCUCUUCUGGCUUCUGGUUUUGUCGAUCUUGUUAUUGAAUCCGGUCUAAAGCCAUAUGAUUUCCUUGCUCUGGUUCCUGUAAUAGAAGGCGCUGGAGGUACCAUAACCGAUUGGAACGGUAACCCACUUCUGUGGGAAGCUUCUUCCAGUGUAGUUGCUACAAGCUUUAAUGUUGUUGCAGCUGGAGAUCCAGACAUUCAUCAGCAAGCAUUGGAGUCACUUAAGUGGCAGUGAAAAGCUUUCGCUGGUGCAUUAACUUGUCUACUUUAAGUGUCUUCAUAAUUUUCAUGCUUCAUUACGAUCACUUCGUUCAUAUUUGCUUGUUUUGAUAAAAGAACUGAUAGUGAUGUUAUAAUCUACCUGGUUAGAGUUUUAGGUUUAGUUUUUUUUGUUUUCUUGAAAUAGGAAACCAGAGUUAUUUUA